UUGGUAAGAAAAACGCUGCGCUGAAAGUGAAUCCCCUCAUUUUAACACUUGAAGAUCUGUUGAACGCAUUUUUGUACUGAAUUUUCAAGGAAGAAUAAUAGUGAAUAGACGAUUGAUCUAUAAUUAUGUGUAUCUGAUUACAAUUUUAUAAUGUUUAUGCUACAGUGAUUAUUUUCGUAUUACGCACCGUGCAAAGAGAAUCACAUUCCGAGACUUUUCUGAGAUACAUAAAAAAAUGGGAUACUUAGAAGACAUGUUUUCUUUGGCUCAAGUUGCUGGUGCAGCGACAUAUGCGUUAAAGUCAACCGGAGGGAUAUUGAGUGCUAUAAUACCUGCCCAGAAAGUAAUAGAAAAAAUGUCACCACCGAUACCUUUAUGGAAGUUAGCAGCAGCUGCAGGACCUUACGUAAAGCUUGCUGCUUUAAGUGGAGCAGCAGCUGUUGGCCUUGGUGCUUAUGGCUCUCACAGGGAAUAUCCAGAGGCUGAAUCUAGGAGUCUAGAUCGAAGACAAGUUUUUGAAACAGCUAACAGAUACCAUUACAUCCACACAUUAGCUAUGUUAAGUUUACCUUUUUGCAGAGCACCUUAUUUGGGUGCAAUAUUUUUCAUGUCAGGCAUGAUAAUGUUUUGUGGAUCAUGUUAUUAUUAUGCAUUUACAGGCGAUAGGAAUUAUAGGAGUAUCACACCAGUAGGAGGCGUAUGUUUAAUAGUAGGAUGGUUAAGUAUGUGCAUAUAAAUGUUUAAGAAACAUGGAUAAUAUGGUAUUUAUAAAAAAGAGAAACUAACAAAAAAAUAAAAAAUUAUGUAUGUAAAUGAA